AUGAUGAUGGUGGACACGGUCAGCGCCAGCACCUCCUUUAUCGCCCACCACCCCUUCGACCACCACCGGCCCAAGGGGAUCCACGCGCGACGGACGCUCCAUGUCGUCAGCUGCCGCCACCUGGGCACUGCCUUUGCCGGCCGACGCCUCGUGGCACGGGUGGUGCCCAUGAGGCAGCCCGCGAGGCGGCUUGCCGACUGGCCGGGCAGGGCCCUGGCCGCGGUCGGGUUCACUAAGGAGGCCGUCCCGCGGAAGGAGUUCCGGGGGAUCCCGGGAGAGGGCGACACCGGCGGCCUGGGGACCGAUGAUGCUCCCCCAGCGGCAACGCCGUCGUGGCCGCCACAGAACAGGGCCGACGACCCCAGCCUGCACAACCCCCUGAUGCGUCUCGAGCGCAUGGGUUGUGGUUGGGUCGGCGUCAUCUUCGAGUGGGAGGGCAUGGUGGUGGAGGACGACACGCGGCUGGAGCGGCAGGCGUGGCUGACCCUAGCCGAAGAGGAGGGCAAGUCGCCGCCGCCCGCGUUCAUCCUUCGGCGGGUCGAGGGGAUGAAGGCCGAGCACGCCGUCCCCGAGGUGCUAUGCUGGUCCCGGGACCCCUCGGAGCUCCGGCGCCUGCCUCGAGGGCGACCGUGGUCGCGCGCGGCGUCGGGCACUCGCUCCAGGGCCAGGCCCAGGCGCGCGACGACAUUGUGGUGGAGACGCGUUCCCUGCCACGCACCGUGGUGGUGGUGGCGGCGCGGGCGAGCGGCAAGGCCACCGCCCAUGCGUACGCGGACGUGGGCGCCGGCGCUCUGUGGGUGGAGGUGCUGGAGGAGUGCCUGA